AUGGCUCGUGGCAACCAGCGCGACAAGGCGCGCGAAAAGAACCAAAAGGAAGCCGCCGGCAAGAAAGCCAAAAACAACAUGACUGGCAGCGAGUUCCAGCGCGAGAAGGAAAAGGUGGCCGCCAUUAUGCUGGCCAAGCAACAAGCCGGUAAA